UGAACCUUUCACAAAACAAUGACAAUGUAGCUAAUUUAUGAGUCAAGUCAACAAGCAAUAUAUCGACAAAUACCAAUGUAUAUAUCAUAGCAUAAGUACUACUCACUCUAUUCCAAAGCUGAAGACAAAUACCAAGAACAACUUUGUGUCCAAUCAGAAAAAUAAAAGAAGCAAAAAGUUGUUGUUUGUUUCAAUUAAGCUAGGAUGAAGCAAAAGAUAGUUAUAAAGUUGCAAAUGGAUUGUGAGAAAUGCAGAAACAAAGCACUCAAAACUGCUGCUGAGGUCAAAGGUGUGACUUCAGUAUCAUUGGAAGGAGAUGAUAAAGAUAAGAUAUCUGUCACUGGUGAUAAUGUAGACACAGUUUGCUUAGCCAACAUGCUAAAGAAGAAGUUCAACUGUGUCACCAUUCUAAGCGUGGAAGAGGUGAAGAAGAAAACCGAGGAGGAAAAAAAGAAAGAAGAAGAAAAGAAAAAAGAAGAAGAAAAGAAAAAGAUGAUGGAAGCAUGUCGUACUGUUUUGUUUGGUUCUUGCAACUCAUGUUGCAAGACUAAUUGUAAUGGUAAGUGUGAAAAAUGCACAUGUGGAAGUGCAAAAUGUGAUGGCAUACAAUGUGUCACAAUUUGCUUCAAGUGUGAAAAUCCAAAGAGUUGUUGUGAGUGUAAACCUAUUAUAAAGAGUUGUUGUAACAACAAGAAGUGUGAUGAUGGUUGCACUCCUAAGAAGCCUCCUUCACCAAAAGUUCAACAAUGUCCUCAAUGGUGCACAUGCUCUAGGUGUUAUGGUUAUGCUCCAUAUCAACCUUAUUGUAACCCUUGUCCACCACCUAAUUACAUGGUUUGUUAUGACCCAAAUCCUGAACCUUGCUCCAUCAUGUGAGUAAGGACUAUGCCUUCAAUAAAAUUUGCAAGCAUGGUGUCAUUAUAAGAUACUCCCUCCCGUUCUAUUUACAAGAGAAAAUUGACUUUUUAAAUACAUUGAAUAAUGUAUGUAUCUAGUCAAAAACCUAAACGAAAUACAUAAAUUAUUUAAUGUAUCUAAAAAGUAAAUUGUCUCUUGUAAAUAGGACUGGAGAGAGUACUUGUAUACAAUAAUGAUGGAGCAAGGUUCAGGAUUUGGGUCAUAACAAACCACAUAAUUAGGUGGUGGAUAAGGGUUACAAUAAGGUUGAUAUGGAGCAUAACCAUAAUGCCUUCAAUAAAAUUUGCAAGCAUGGUGUCAUUAUAAGAUACUUGUAUACAAUAAUCUUUUAAGGAAAAUAAAUAAAUAAAUUAGUGAUGAAAAUUUUGAGAGGAGAAAAUGUGAAAUUCGUCUAAAGAAUUGGUGAUGAAUUUCAUAUUUUUUUGUCUCUAAUUUUGUUACUAAUUUUUUUAUAGGUCUCAUCUCAACAAGUAAGAAUAGGGUGUUAUUUGGUUUUUCGUAUUCAUUUACCAUGUAAAUUUUAUGAAGCUGCUUUGUUGUUUUCUUAUAUUGUUUAAAUGAGAUUAAGUUGUAUAUUUUUCAUUAAUACAGAAUAAAAGUAUCUUUCAAGUAA